UCAAUGGCUUCAUCAAUCAGUAGCCGCAAACCAAGUGAAAUCUUCAAAGCACAAGCUCAAUUAUACAAUCACAUGUACGGAAUGCUAGAUACCAUGUGUCUUAAAUGGUGUAUUGAAAUGAACAUACCAAACAUAAUCCACAAUCAUGGCCAACCAAUUUCUCUUUCAAAACUAGUUUCAACUCUUCAAGUUCCAUCAACCAAAUUCGGUAACGUUCAACGUCUCAUGCAUUACCUUGCACACAUUGGAUUUUUCGAGAUAAUAAGUAAUCAACAAGAAGAAGCCUAUGCUCUCACAGUUGUAACAGAGCUUCUUGUUCAAGGAACUGACCUGUGUUUAUCACCAAUGGUUGAGGGUUAUUUGAAUCCAACGAUUUCGGGUUCUUACAAUCACUUGAAAAAAUGGAUUUAUGAAGAAGAUCUUACACUCUUUGAUGUAACUUUAGGAUCUGAUUUUUGGAAGUUUCUUAAUCAAAACCCGGAAAAUAAUAGAUCGUUUAACGCGGCAAUGGCGAGUGAUUCAAAAAUGAUAAAUUUGGUUUUGAAAGAUUAUGGUGUUGUGUUUGAUGGGUUGGAAUCAGUUGUGGAUGUUGGUGGUGGAAAUGGAACAAUGGGUAAGAUUAUUUGUGACACAUUUCCUAAGUUGAAAUGUCUUGUGUUUGAUCUUCCACAUGUUGUAGAGAAUUUAUCUGGAGACAACAAUUUGACAUAUGUUGGUGGAGACAUGUUCACAUCUGUUCCUAAAGCAGAUGCAGUUGUGCUUAAGUGGAUUUUACAUGAUUGGACUGAUGAGGAUUGCAUAAAGAUAUUGGAGAAAUGUAAAGAAGCCAUUACAAGUGAUGAGAAAGUAGGAAAAGUGAUUCUAAUGGAAAUUGUGAUGAAUGAAAAGAAAGAUGACCAUCAAAUUACACAAGUAAAGAUGCAAAUGGAUGUAAACAUGGCAUGUGUCAAUGGAAAAGAGAGAAAUGAGGAAGAGUGGAAGAAGCUCUUUGUGGAAGCAGGUUUUAAAGACUACAAAAUAUCUCCUUUGACUGAAUUGUUGUCUAUUAUUGAGAUUUAUCCUUAA